AGAGCAUGGGCAAGACGGCUGUUGUGGUCUUUCCUGCAGCAGCAAUGCAAACGUUAGUUAUAAAUUAGACUUUACUAUUUUUGGUGUUUAAUGACAAGUUUUUAAACUGGACAUAUUAGGAAAAAUAUUUUUUUUAGCUCAGCAUGCUGAGUCCGGUACUGUGUAUUUCACCAGUACAUGCCUCUAACUCAGCAUUUGGGACUCCUGUUGCCCAGUGGCUGCGUUAGAGGUGCCUUGCCAUGAUCUCAGAAUACAGUCUGUUGAAUUAUCCUAGAUGAAAAUAAAGGCAAACCAACACAUUCAUCCAUCAGGAUUUUGGUCCAUUCCAUUUAUUUCCUUUUGUUUUAUUUAGCAAUCUUAAUUUCCUUUUUAAUUUAAUACUGUUUAAACUCUGAGCUUAGGGAAGACAACUACCAAGAAAGGCCAGGAACAGUUGACUACACAGUGAAGAUUCCAUGCAAAAUGUUCAAUACUGGAUCUAAAGGGGUUCAUACUAAACUGUUUGGGAAUAUAUUUGUUAACUCUGUGUACACCUAAUAAAAUUCAAUGUUUUCUUCUCAGAAGAGUUCAUUGAGACCAAACUGAACCUCAUUUAUUGAAAAUUAUAUGUGGGAUCAAUGUACUGGCCUCUUGUUAUUCUUUCUAUGUGGGAGGAUGACCCAGUCAUCAUUUUCCCCAUCUGCACUGUAUUUAUUGGGAAAUUAUUUUGUCACUGCUUUCAUAAAUCUUCAUGACAGCCCUUGCCCAGCAUUAAAAAAUUCUGGCCUGCUUAGCUGAUUAAAGGUUUAGUAUAAAUUUAACUGUUUAUGCUUAUUUCAUUUUCAUAUUGGAUUCUACUUGAAUAAAUAAAAAGUUAGCAGAAUGUUUGAGUAGAUUUAUUGUCAAUGAUGCUAAAUUACAAAUAUAACAAAAUGAUUCCUUUGGUCAUUUUUGAUUUGGUGUUAUGUCAUUUUGAAGUCUACUGUUUUUUAACAGGAUCAGUUAAAAUAACUUCCAUUAACCAAUUAUUUUCAGAAAACAUAUAUCCCAUAAUAUGUGGCCAACUAUGAGUAAUUAACUUGUAAUCCAAUCAAAUGGGCUUAUAGACACUACUUACAGCAACACAUCACACACUCUCACACACACACACACACAGCGCAAACAGUCCCAGCUGUUUGUUACUGAUAAUCAGCCCUACUUGCUGGUUUCUUUGUCCCCUGCAAGUCUGUUUAUUGGUUUAAAUUAAGAUUUAUUUUUGUAAAUGACUGAGAUUUAUGUAAAUGUGUAUCUCUGUGGUGUUUUAUAUAUGGGGUGUCUAUAAGGGCAUUUAUCCCUAUGAAGGAUGUCAAAUACUUUCUUCUAAUAUAUGUUUAGACAUAUUGCAGAGGGGUCCUUGUUAUUUGUAAUUGAGUUAGGUCAUUUACUUUGUGUCUGGUCUCACCUGUUGCAUGGGAAGAGGACAGCACUGAUGAGCUGCAUGUAGUAGGUACCUGUGUAUCAAGAACUGUUGGUAUGUAUUGCUAAUCUGCAUACAAAGAGUUUGUCUGCAUUGUACAGUUUCUGUGUUUAAUAUCAUUUGUUGUAUUCACAAAUACAACAUAUUGAAUAAAAUAUUUAUAUGAAGGCAUAUUCAAAAACAUCAAACAACUUUAUGUAACAAAAUGGCAUUGCAUCACCCACCAGUAUAGAGAAAUGUCAUGUAAAUAAGUUGGUAAACUCAAUUUCCCCCUUUACCAUGCCAAAGAAAAUUUUAGCUCUUUGAUGAUACCUCUCUUGCUAUUUGUUUGGGAUAAGACUUCGCCAUAUUUUCCCCUCAGAAAUUAAGUUUGCUGUUAUUAAGUAAGUAAGUGCAAUCUGUCACUACUGAUGUUCCGUAUAGUAAAUCUGAUGGAAUUCAUUUGUAUUUAAAGACCGUGUGUUUUGUACCUCCAUGUGCAUAUGUCCAUUGUAUCAAGUCUCUAUAAUACUCCAUUCCUUCUGCAUGCAUAUCCAGUGUGGGAGGGUUAUUUCUACUGAUUUGUGAUAGUAGCUGAUUGUUUUGCCAGUCCCUCAACAAUGCUUGGAAAUGUCAAUUGUUUUGAUAUUUCAAGUGACAACAUUUUUGUUUUCUAAUAUAAGAUUGCUUUUUAAAACAUUUUGCUACCACUUUACUUGGAAAAAUUAGAGAAGACAUGCAAAUUCUCCACUCUAUGUAAAGAGCAAAAUGGAACUGAGCAUUAUUUCAUUACAAAUCCUGAAGAAUUUGGAGAUUCCUGCUCUAAAUGUUUGCUUGUCCCGAAUGUUUUUGGGUAGGAGUGGCUUAAAGAGAUACACAGUGGGUCCAAAGGACUCCUGCUCCAGUUCUUCUAAUAGUUUGCCUCUUGGGGAGCAAGCAGAGAUUCUUUAUCAUACCUAGCCACUUGCUUAAUGCUUUAAGCACUAAAAGUUAUUUUUAUCAGGAUGAACAAUAUCAGAUUUGGUUGUCUUUAAAAGCAAAAACCAAAAACUUCUUAUUCUUUAAGUUAGAUAUGUAUCACUUCAUUUAAAAUUAUCCCCCUAAUAUUAUAUAGAUCAUUAACAUUUGAUACAUAAUCAAGAAGAGACCACAUUGACUAACAUCCAGUUGAGAAGAAGAUGAAAAAAUAAUUGAAAUUUUUGUUCCAUUUUAACUCAGAACAAGGCUAUACCAAGGGAAAGCGAUUGGGCUAAAUCCUCAAUUUUUUUUUUUUUCCAAAAUGCAGGCAUAUCAAAAUCCAGGAUGUACACUGUCUUACUUUGAGGGAAAUAGUAGUCAUAGCUUAGGUUUCUUAGCCUACAAUGUGACACAUAGGGCCUUUGACUCUCUUGAAUACGGAGUAGGGUUUCAAAGUGUUGACAGUUGAGUCUGCAAACUAAGCCUGAGUUAUAUUUUAGUUUUUUUUUUUCUUGGUUUUCACUAAGUCUAAUUCCAAUGUCUACUGGCAGAGAUUGUAUUUGCAUUUGAAGUGCUGGAAGGCAGUACUUCCAAAGUGCUGUUGGAAUCCAGAUAAACUCAAGGAGCCCAGAAAGACAAUGAGUAUAAAGGCUCUCCCCUUAUGACUUAGCACUUUAGUUGACUUUUUUGAAAAAGUCCUUGGGUGGAAUACCUCAGUGAUGAUUUGCCAAGCGAGCAGGGUUAGUGCCAACACCUUCUCUAAACUUGUUGCAUCUCUUCCAAUUGACAUUAAUCCCACAGCAACUUCCUAAAAACAGGAAAAAGCCAAUGAGAUUUGCUUAUUUUCUCUCACUCAUUACAAGUUGUUCUUGCCCUGUUUGUUUUUAGGAGGGAGUUUCUAUCGUAGAGUUGAAAAAGUACAAAAUCAUAUUUAAGAAGGAAAGAAUCUAUGUCUUUACAUGUAACUAUUUUAUUUUUUCCAAUCUAAAUUCAAUCACUUCUUAAUAGAUAUAUUGGUGUUUGCAUUGCUGACAUCAAAACCACACAUACACACACACACACACACACAAAUAAACAUAGGGGAUAGAAAUAAGUAAAAAUAAAAUAAUUCUGUUUUCAAAGAAAAAGCAUUCCUUAGAGUUUAGGUACCAUGAAACUUACACUAUAAUACAGUUCCAGUACUAUGGUUUCUAACUAAAUGAACACUAGAACAGAGCUGACUAUAUUUUCAUCUUUGUCCAAAAUUUUAGAUGAGUCACAUUUUGAACUUUAUGGUAUGAUAAUUUCCCAAUAUCUAAUUCUUUUUCUGAGAAAACAAAUGCUGAGGACAUUUUUGACACUCUUCUUACAUGAGACUAUGAAAAAGAGCAGCACUUUUGUUGUAGUUGUUAAUAAAAAGGAUAAUAACAUACAGAGGAUUAUAAGAAAAACAAGACACACCUGAGGUUUUCUGAUGAGCCGUAGACAAUCAGGGGCAGUUCCAGUGGCGCUGAGGCUGACAAAGUACUGCCCAGCCGCUAGCCAAAUCCACCCUUAAUUUGUUUUUGUACGGCCUGGGAGCUCAGAAGGAAUUAUUAUUUUUUUACAGCUUUAAAGUAUUAAACAGAAACCAACAAAGAAGAAUAUGAGGCAGGGAUGUAUGUGGUCCAUAAAGUUUAACUUUCUGGUCCUUGACAGGAGGAUAACCGCUGUGGUAGGGAAAUCCAAAGGUCAUUUGUAUUACGAUGGCUAGAUAAUGUAAUGAAUUCCAAUGUCUGUGCAUCAGCAAAUACGUCAUCAAAAUUGCUACAAAACAAUAAUAAUAGGUUGUUUGCAGCUUAAAAUGUUUAGGUAGUGAAGAAGAAUGAAUAUAACCUACAUUAUUUAUUGACUACUUAUAUUUCCCUCAUUUUACAAAAAAGAUAUAUCAAUUUACAUAAUAAUAGAACUACAAUAUGGUUGCACUCCUUAAUCUCAGGAUAGAGAUAACAAUUUUAUAAAUCUAUUACAUUAUGAGAACAUUGUUAGGACUAUAAAACUCAGCAUCAGUUAAAUGUUCUCUUAAAAUAAUUUUCAAUAUUAAAUUUUUAAGUAACUCAGUGAAUGCAUAUUUUCCUUAUUUUUGGAAAUUUGACUUAUAAAGUUUAAGCCAUGACUCUAGAAUAUUUACAUCAUUAAAAUAAAAUUUCCAAGUAAAAAUUUUCAUUUUAAAGUAAUACGGAAAUGAUUUUGCUACAUUAUUCUAGGAUUUUACAAAAUAAUUCACCUUUAGAAAAAAAGUGGUUUUUUUAGCUCUAAAUAAUUACAGGUUGCCUAAACUAAUGUGUAUAAGUAGAUUUACCUGUAAAUAUGUAAGGGAAGUCCCAAUUAUUGUACACUUUCAUAAUUCAAUGUGAAUUUCAUACAAAGCAAAGUUUCACCAUAAAGAAAAUAAACAUUUUGUUCCUAUCACUGAGUGAAUAUUUGUAAUUUCUAUUUAAACCAUUUCUAGAUUUUUUUUUUUUUUUGGUCCUUUGUGAGCUUCUGAGAUUGGUGCCAUUUUAUCACAGUAUUUCUCUUCUUGACUUCUUUGCAUGACCCCAGGUUUCCAGUAAGGUAUCCUUAGAAAAAAGAAAGUAUUUUAAGGGAAAUGGAUGCAUACUUCAGGCCCAUUAUAUAUGUAACUCAAUAUUGUCUUUUUAAAAGGCCACAUUACCAUGGAAUAAAUUUAAAAAUCAGAUUUCUUAUACAUAUAACCCCUGCCCAGUUUUAAAAAUGUGAUGUCUUAUUUCUAGAAACCUAAAAUAGAUCUCCCUAAAUAACAAUUCAUUUUUAAAUAAAUUAUCAGCAGGUAAAUAUAUACUGACACAGUAUAAACAACUUCUGUCACUAUUUAUUUAAAAUGUUAAAUUGUACAUUUUUCAUAAUUUCUUUAAGAGAAUCUUCUUUGAUGAGUUUAAAGUGAGAGUAGACAAAUGACUUAGUGGCUAAAUGAUUUAAUGUCAAAUGACUUAAUGACCAGUUUUUGCCCUUGAUCCAGCCCCAAUCUGAUAUUCUACCUCCUGUGUGUUUGUCUUCAUUGUCCCCAUAUUAAAAUGUUGACUGAUACGGAAUUCUGGAAAAAUCUGAUCAAUUGAUUAAUGUGAAUAUGCAUGUUUUCCUUAGAUUCUAAUAUGGUCUUUCUUGUGUAAGAAUGUGGAUUCCUAACAGCCAUAUAACUCAGUGUUUCUCAGUUUGGGCGCCACUGACAUAUGGGGCUGGCUAACUAACUCCUUGUUUGGGGGCUGUCCUGUGCACUGCAGGAUGCUGAGCAGCAUCCCUGGCCUCUACCCACCAAAUGCCUACAACGUACUUCCCCACCCCACCCAGUGUGACAAUCAAAAUUGUCUGUAGAUGUUGCCAAAUGUCUUUUGGGUGGAAAAAUUGCUCUCGUUAGGAACCACUUAUGUUAAUUAUGGAAGAAACAUUUUUUUUCUAGUGUUAUUUGCAUCUAAAUUUGCAUAACUCGUUUCUAAUAGGUACUCGGAUUUCCUUCGUAAUUCAGAAAUAGAAAAAUAUACAAUGGUCUUUUUAACCUGUCCUAGUGGUGAUUAUACAGGGUUUCCUUUGCAUUUAUAUGUUCUAAUGGCCUAGAAAAAACAAGAAUCCAGACCUCUCUCAUGUAAUUGUUAAGGAUAUUCUGAGCCAAGCCAGAUUUCACAUGCAUUUCCAUUCCAUCCAUCCCAGCAUUCACAGUUUCCACAGCUACAGAUUCCAUUCCCUGCAAUAAAAUACACAUGGGUAUCAUGAUCAUGAUCAAAAUGUGCCAAAUUUAAACAUGCUAUCAUAAAUCACAAGUGUCCAUAAUGAAAUCAUUUCAUUCAUCCUUGGUAGAUUUUCUUAUUGCGCAAUGAUGUUAUUAUUACAUUUUAUUAAGCAGCUAUGAGACAUCUAAUCUUUCAAACAAUUAGUGGCAUUUAUUUGGUGCCACCCUUUACCGACCAGAUAGUCAGCAUCGUGUAUCACUCCAACUAGGCUUUUAGGUGACAAUUUUGUUUCCCUUAGAGAGCAAGUUAUGUCUGACUUAUAAAUAAAUACUGAAAAACAUAAAGCUCUUUGACAUAACAUGAGGCAGGCCAAGUAAUCAGCAAACAGAGUCUUAUGUAGUAAGGAUGGGCAGAAAGCAAGGGUCUAACUUAAUGACACUCAGAGUCAUCUUUUACCUUCAGCUAGAGCUGAGAAGGACAUGUCUCUGUUUCCUCUGUAACUUGGCACAACAAAUGAAUUUAUAAUCAAUUAUGAGGGACUCAAUAAAUGAGGAUAGCAGUGGCUAUGACACGGCUGAGCUCUCUUUAUACUUCUCCCCCAUACACACAUCCAGUUCCCUAAAAGCAACCAACACAUCAACUAGUGGUACCCAGAUUCUGUUUAAAAGAAUAUUCCAUUCCCUACACCAUGUUCAAAGUAAAAUGUGCCAAGAAAAUUCUUUUCUGUGUUCAAUAUAUAACUAGAUACAUGUGAGUUUGUGUUGGGGAGGUUACUUUGUGGAAGUAUUCCAAAUAAUCACAAAAUUUAGCUUCAUUCACUUGUAUUCUUCUACGCCCAGGAAUAACGUGAGGGUUUUUUCCCAAAUGCCCACUUUGCCUUUGGUAGAUAUUCCAUAUUCACAGUUGGCCCUGUUGGUCCAGCCACCUAAAGCAUUGCAUGAUGAGUGUCGCUUAGCUCUAUAACAAACUGUGGCAUAGAGCAAUUAGAAAAGGUUAAUACUGCACCUGUACAAAUGAGACCAUCAUGUUUGUCGCAGUCUCUGUCAUCACAGUCACAGAAUUCCCCAGAAAUAUACCAUUCUUCAGCAGAACAAAUGCACUUCCCACAAUGACAAGAACCUGAAAUUACAAAGGCUAUUACUCACCAUCACCGUACAACUAAAGGUUUCCAUCUCAAAUACAAUCUCGUUGACACACUGACAACAGGCUUCUAAUAACCCAUCAUCCAAAGGUAAAAGUUUAUUGAAUGGCUGGUUUCUCAGAGGGGAGCUUUACUUACUGUAAUUCAUAAAGGUCACCCAGGAAAGCCUUCAUUAUGGAUCUAGACAGUUGCAAUUAGCCUUGAGCAAAUGUCCCAUGGCCCAGUCUGGUUGAAAUGUCAAUGAGAGCAGGAUGGGGUUGAUUCUUAUAGAUGGUCUUCCAAAAAAGUAUUCAAAAAUAGAUUUUUUCCCCCUGAAUUGAAUCGUAUUUUUAAAGUGCCUCUUCUUUAAAGGAAUUGAAUAGGGAAUUGUAUUAAAUUAGGUUGCAUUUCUAAUGAAAACAACUACUAAAGUAUUGUGCUUAUAAUUUUGGAUUUUCGUUUACAUGAUUUUCUUGGAGUAGGAGCACACCUGCAUAUUGGGUGGCUAAUUAAAGUGCUAAAAGUGCACACAAUCACUCAGUAUAUUUGCCUCGUGAGACCGUAUCCUCAGGACUGUCAUAAUCUAGGAUGUCUCAAAUUACUCCCAAAGUUCAUCUUUUAUGAGACUCUGGAUUCAACUUUUUCCCUCCACCCAUUUCUCCUCCUACCUAAUUAAAACACUUCCUCUUUGGUUAUUUAAAAUAUCUUUAUUUACUGAGUAAAAACUUUUAUUAAAGAUAUAUUUAAAAAAAAAAGAAAAUAAAUGAGAUGAAGGGUAUCCAACAUAGAAGUAAGUUCUCUCAGUUCAAACAGCUUUCCAUGACAGGCUAAAAACCCUUCCAUGGAAAAACUGCCUCAAUGACAACAGGAAAGACUUUACAAUGAAAAAGAAACAAAUAAAAAGGACUUCCUUUCCUUCUAUUUCCUUGGGUUGGUUGUUCUUUCCAAACCUGACUUCCCUUUACUAAAAGGUGGCUAUCAGUAAUUUUUUAAGUCAAAAGUCAUGUUGAAAGAUUGUGCAGUUGAAAAAAGUAUUUUGACAUAUUUAACAAAACUGUAGAAUUGGUAAGUUCAAAAUACAUUAAAAAGGGGCAAGAAUCAAUCAUUAGUGCUUCUUUUAAAACAGUGAUUAAAAAUGAGUUAACAGCCUAGGUUAUUAAAGUGAUUAUGGAAAAGGAGUUGUGGUCAUCACAGAUAUCAUCAAAGGAUUCAGGUUCAUGUGUCUCAACUACGUGAUAUUUCAUAUCAGCGAAACUGGUACAUGCAUUUUAGCUGCAAAACUCCCCAAAAUCCAAAUUAAAUGUUUGCCAUUUCUUGACACACUUCUCAAGGUAAGAGUGCAGUCAGAAUUAUUUGUAUUGUGACAAUUGUGUUUUCAUUUAUUUUUAACUUCUUCAGUAGCUAUGGCAUAAUUCUAUUUAGUCUUGACUUGUUUUCCUGAGGGUCCAGGUUGACUUGCAUGCUCUUGAGCAAAAUAUACACAUUUUCUCAGUUUUAAUAACUGACUGACAUCCCGGUGGUUUCUCAGGACCCGGGGAGGUGCUCCUCCCAGGUCAGUCUGCAAGGGAUGCUGGUUCCCUUGUGAUCUCAUCAAGGUGAGGAAUUUUCUGAUUUUAGAGAUUUCUUUAUCCUAAUUUUAAAGACUUUCUUUCACAUUUCUAGGCAUAAAAAUGUGCAGCACUCUACUGCUUGUUUAACAAAUGGAUAGUGGUAUAUCUGCCAACAAAGACCACAUGGAGUACUUCAUUGACUAUCAGAGUCGUUUCCUCAGAAGGCACCAUACUUAGUGUUUUAUUUCCAUGAGUGGAGGAAGAUUAAUUAUUUGAAAUAUUUGACUGUUUUUAGUUGUUUCUAAAGUAGUGUCUGAUUUUAUAUGCCCAUAAUAUUCAUAUAUACACCCAGGAUAUCAUUUUAUAUAUGUCACAAUUCAUGAAAAGAUCUUAUAUUUCAUCUUCAAACUUCUCCUCUGGCCCUGGAACUAUUCUAAUCACUGCUCUUGCUUCUGGAAUGCUUAGCUUCAUGCCCUAGUAAAGCAUUUUCAGAAAACUGGUAAGCUCAGCUAAAGUUAAUAUGGCAUAUAUGGAUAGAGCAUUUGAUGAGUGAAUUCCAGUUCUGAAAGUCUACUAGUCGCUGAAAUACUUAGAAUAAAAAAUGAGGAUUGAUUUUGUAUGUGUCAUGAAACAGCAGCUUUUCUAGGUCAGCAUUUUCCCAGCUGUGUUAUUCUUUCCUGUUUGUCAAUGCUCAAUGCAUCUUAGAGGUAGGAAAUUCUUCUACUGCUUGUGAAACUAGAACUAGAUAGCAUAUAGUAAUAACACAGUGUGAAUACUCAUUAGGACCUAUUAUAGCACUUUCCUUGUAGAACGCUGUAACUGUUUUCUUCCAUAACAGGGGUCAAGUUGUGCCUCUCUUAAACGGGAAACACACAGGGAGAGGGUUCCAUCAGACAGACGUAGACUGCAUGACUAUCAAGAGGGGAGAAAUGGUUCAACUCAGCUGGCCAAGACCCACUCACACCCCUGAGACCCAGCCCAACCAGAGAACAGCUCGCUGAUCUUGGCAGGACUUUUAGGGCGGAUAGUUCAACACCACAGCACCACUAAUCCAUUCAUUUUCUUUCUCAAUAUAAGGACUCUUAAGAAUGUUCCCAUCUCCCUUCUGUGCAUUUUUGCUGGCUUCCAUCCCUGGGGAAUCAGUCACAUUUUCUCAUGUGUCUUCAGGGCAUCUUAGGACAUAGAAAGGGGAAAGAAAUGAAAUUUUACCUUCAAAGAUGAGAAUGGAAGAGAGAAUAAAGGAAACUGCCCUGGACCUCACAGGCAGUAAACAAACAGUUAACUGAAGACUUCACUCUGAUUCAAUCCACUCUUCUUUUCAGUGAUCUGCCUAUCUGUGAUGUAUCUCCCGGCAAAAACUUUCAUAUAUAGUAGUUUAAAAAUAAGUUGUUUCUUCCUGCAGGUCUGACUGCACAGACAUAUUGAGCGAGGCAACUUGAACACCAGGCUGAGGCUGAUUUUGUGAAGUAUCUUUGACUCUUUCUCUUUCUGGGGAUGUGGGACAGGUCACGGUGGGUGAGUGUGUAUGCUGGACUUCUUUGGGUGAUGUGGGACCCAAGAAGUAUCACUGAGAUUUUAAGGAGACAAUUAAUGACGUGUUUACAGCCACUGUCGCACAACAGCAUCUGUAAGAAGAUUGGAUGUGAUUACCUGGAUCUAGCUUGAAGUAAUCAAGGCAAAGAUAUAAUUGUGUAGUCUGGGAUCCAAAUAAAUAAAUCCCCAAGUGAACAAAACGACCCACAAUGGAUUAUAUCAUGUACUUUGCAAAGGUAGCUAAGCUUAGGGGAGACCCGGCACGGCACUAACCUCAUCUCUCUUGGUUAUUCACAAAAACUAUUUGAGUCUAAGGGCAAGGUACCUUUGUCCGUUGCCCAUUCCAUUACUAAUGCUGGACUUUCUUUUUCAUUCAAGCCUGACAAAAUGCUGCAACCUGACAUCCCAGCAGGCAGUUUUCACUAUUGUACUAACUACUCCAUCUGUUAUGAAGGUCACAACAAUGUAUCUUGUUUUAAAUUUUUCUAUGGAGUGAUUUAUUGUCUUGGCUAUAAAUUUGUAAAGAAAUAAAAUGCUAUUUCUUCA